AUGGCUCUUCGGACCCAUUUUGAGGGUCACAAUGACGUUGGUGUUUUCUCAAAAUUAACCAACAACUAUUGCCUUGUGGCAAUUGGUGGUUCGGAAAACUUCUACAGUGUAUUUGAGUCAGAGCUUGCCGACAAUAUCCCUGUUGUGCACACCACAAUUGCUGGGAUUCGUUCUAUUGGUCGCAUGACUGUUGGUGAGUUCGUGCUUAUCCCUAAUUAG